ACCGAAGCAAAAACGGUGUUAGUUUCUCAUUUGUCAGUCUCCAAAGCUAGAGCCAUGAAUAAUGUUCUAAUUUUUAUGGUUCUCUUGCCAGUUGCAGUGGUGAAAGGCCAACAGAGUGCUGUCCAAGUGCCCUGCAACAGCAUUUUCGGAUGCAUCUCUCACGUUCAGUGUGCUGCGGAUGAGUACUGGACUCCGGGUGCCGCCCUAGAUGGGUGUUGCCCUGGGUGCGUUCGGGGACUCGGAUUGGAACAACCGGGCUGUGGCAUCAACGGAACGGCCUGUGCAUCGGGAUUAUUCUGUGCCAAAGGGGACAUUUGUAAGCUGAACACGACUAGCUGCCUGUCCACCCGGCACGUAUCGGAAAAAGUCCUUUGGAAGCCGGAAUGUGAUUCAAGGGGAGAAUUCCAGGCGAAACAGUGCCGAGGAGAUCGACUGCUAGGGCGGUGCUUCUGCUAUUCGGCCACUGGACAGCGGAUUUUUGGUUGGCAAUGGCUUGGCAAGGCAGAAAACAUGACCUGUGCUUGUAGUCGACUUCGGUCGGAUUUGGAAGCGGCCGGAAGGCAGGAUGUUACCCUCCAUUGUGCGGCGGAUGGGAACUUCGAAACCCUGCAGUGCGACGGCGGAGUUUGCUGGUGUGCGGAUCCAAAGACGGGAGAACGGUGGCCUCGUGUUCCGGCCGUGUUGCCAUCGAUGUGGAAGAAGUUGCCGUGCUAUAACCGAACACUACAUGGCGAGCAGUACCUGAGACAGUGUGAAAGUGGGUACUUUGCUCAAAAACGUUUGGAACAGAAAUUCUACAUCCACGGACAUGUGAACGUUAUUCACAAUAAGGUGGUGUGUGAUUACGAUGGGACUUAUGGAAUUGUUGAAUUCGAACGGGGCAUCGCAUAUUGCACCUGGCGUGACGGCACCCGGAUCGAGCAGUACCAAACAAGCAGUCUCAAAGCGCACCUGAUGACCUGCAAUUGCGCACGGGAUGAGAAGAUUUAUCAAGCGGCCGGAAUGCAGUUGGAGUUACUUUGCGAGGGCAAUGGAAACUAUGCAACCCUACAGGAUCGGAAUGGGGUUCUGUUUUGCGUGGACAGGGACGGAUUUGUGGUGGCCGAAGGAGUUCAGCCGGAAACCAACUGCGAGGAGUAUAUGUUUGGGUGAAAUGAUUGACGAUGGCUCAGGAAGAAGGAAUAUCAUAAUUUUGGAUGAAAUCGAUCAUUUAUUACAGUUUUCAUGCUAGUGUU